CAAGGGUGCCUUGGUAAUUCAACGGCUGCCCAAACUUCGUGCGCCGUGAUUGAUAUUGCCUGUCUCUGCUCGUCCGGCGCGUAUGUCAGUGCUCUAUCAUGCUGUCUGUAUACAGCCUGUUCUAGCGAUGAGCAGGCCAUCGCUAUUCAAUUCAACAAGCAGGAGUGCGAGGCUGUCAACGAAACAGCACCCGACUUUGUAGGCUGUUCACCUGCUGGGCUCUCGAGCGCCCUGUCCAGUGCUAGUGCCGAACAGGCUACAAGAGCUUCGUUUGGCUCUGCGUCAGCCACCGCAAGUACAUCAGCCACUUCUUCCUCGGCCUCUGGUGUGUCUGUCAUCACAGGAGAUGUUGUGUCAGAGUUUCCGCCGACCCAGACCAUGAAAAGAGCCACGGCGGAUUUUGCCGGCCGGCCAUUGAUGACGGGCAGCUGUAAUGUGCCUUAUUUUGCGGUUGCGACUGGUGCUCCAGGCAUGGCUACCCAAUAUCCAAUCAUCGGCUGCUCAGAUGGCAGACAUGAUUGCUGUCCAUUCGAUCCCAGCACCGACGCGGUCCUUACCAGGUGUCCUCAGGAUCACUUCACCACAGCAGGUGGCUGCUGUCCAAUUGGGUUUCAGAUAUAUUAUACUGCGAUUGGUUCCCAAACACCUUGUUAUUCAGACCCAUUGACCAAAUUCAUCCCGGCGUCAACUCCGACGGUGGCUGGACUUACCUUGAUCACCGAUCAUGUGUUUUCACAGCUGUAUACAGUGGGAAAGCCCGCGACUGGACACAAGAAGUUGCCAUUGGGUGGAAUAAUCGGGAUCUCUGUGAAUGCGGUGCUUUUCUUAAUUGUGAUAGUCGUGGUCAUCUGGUGGAUAAAGAGGCGGAGGGCAAGGAGGAUUGCGAUGCAGGCACGAUCAACCACCUUUCCCCCUGAAGAGCCGUCUUUGCAGAUGUCUCGAGCACCGACCACGCACGAACUGGACAGCCCAGAUGAGGGAACUCGAUCGGCGGUGAUGAAGUCGAAUUGGCCGCCCAACUUUGGAGCCGUCUCACCGCCAGCAUACGACGUGAGCAAAGGACGGCCUAUGGCAGCCACGGGCAAACCUAUCCAUCCAGCACCACAGGAGCUCCCGGGAAGCACAUUCAUUCACGAACAUCACCCAGCAUUUACCGGACCGACUCCUGCGGGUACCGACGCUCCCAGUGAGCUCUCUCCCACCUCGCCACCAAGAACACCCACCCAGAGCGCAGUGGAGAGCGAGAAAAAGUUACCUUUGUCUCCCAACACUUCGCGGACUGGUACCCAAAGCCCCCAGUGUGUGUCUCCGUUAGCAUCACCAAAGCUGCCCUUCGUGGGGGGUUGA